GAGUGGGGGAAGGCUGAGGCUGCCCCAUUGAUUCAGAGGUUUGGAAUUUGCAUCUGAUUGCUGUUUGACAACCAAUGGUUUGACUCGCCGACCGCGGCACCGCCUCAGAUUAGAUGCACAUAUGAUGUUACUGCCAAAUUAACCUCUAUAUCGAAAUCAAAUGAGGAAGAGAGAGGCGCUUUAGAGAGAGCACGAGCCAUACUGUUUCUAUAGGCUCUCGUGCGUUCGUGACUGUUACCAAAUAUUGACUGAGAGAGCGUCGCGAGCGGCUUGUUUUCACGGGGAAAUCAGGAAUGUUCCUUCCGCUUCCCAAGAAAAAAACGAAACGGAAGUUAAACUGGUAGGCCCCUGUGCGUGGGGGUCAUCUUCCCCUUAGCUGUCUGCUGGUGUCCGUUGAGUACAAGACCAACACUUCCUGUUUCCUGAAGCCCUGCCUUCCGGAUCAAGCUCACGGAAAGUGGUGUGGGGGAAAAGUGAAGGGGCUAGAAUCCCAGCGUGUCCGGUUUCCCAGGCAAUGAAGCUGCAGGCGGUGAUGGAGAACCUGCACAGACAGCAGAGAGCCAAACUGCUGAUGGAGCAGGCGGGGCAGUCACACAGCCCCGCCCCUGUAGGGGAGGAGCUAAAAGCAAUCUCCACCUCUGACACAGAGCAGGCGCAGAUGGCGGCGCUGGCAGCGAUGCGCGCGGUAGCAGCUGGACUUCAAAGGGCCGACAGCCCCAUGUCUGAGCGCAGCAGCGGAGGAGACGACGAGGAUGAAGAGGAGGAUGAAGAGGAAGGGGAGGAGCAAUACAAAGAUAUGAUGGGGUCCGAGGAGGAAGAGCAGAUAAAACAGAAGUGGGAUGAAGAUGAUUUUGAGGGUGAGAUGGAGGAAGAUUAUGAUGAUGAUCUAGGUGAUGAAGGGCUGCCGUCGGGCCGUGAGGCCGUCACCCCAGGCAGAGGCAUCCUCCUCUUACCCCACCGCCAUUUACACCCUCACUCCCAGCUGCUAAAGGCUCGGCCCGGUUCUGAGAGCGAACCACGGCCGCUGACUCACUCCGCUCAUUCAUCCCACGGGCCACUCCAUGGACAGGACCACGCAGACUGGACCUAUGAGGAGCAGUUCAGACAGCUCUAUGAACUAGACAGCGACCCGAAGAGGAAGGAGUUCCUGGACGAUCUGUUCAGCUUUAUGCAGAAGAGAGGGACGCCAGUGAACAGGAUUCCUAUCAUGGCCAAGCAGGUGCUGGACCUCUACAUGCUGUACCAGCUGGUGACAGAGAAAGGGGGGCUGGUGGAGGUCAUAAAUAAAAAGUUGUGGAGGGAGAUCACGAAGGGCCUGAACUUGCCGACCUCCAUCACCAGCGCUGCCUUCACUCUCAGAACACAAUAUAUGAAGUAUCUGUAUCCUUACGAAUGUGAGAAGAGGUGUCUCAGCAACCCCAACGAGCUGCAGGCGGCCAUCGACAGUAACCGGCGAGAGGGACGCAGACAGAGCUUUGGCAGCUCGCUCUUCACCUACUCGCCCAACGGGACACCCACAAUGCUCUCCUCUCCCAAACUCUCCAUGCCACCCAUGGGCAUCGCCCUGCCCAGCAACGGAGCCUCGGUCUCAUCCUUACAGAAAAUUAAGAAAGAGGAUGACGGAGUUCAGGCCCGUCUGCCAGUGUCUCUGGCCACUCAUUCGGUAGCUGCGGCCCAGGCCCAGGCUAUCGCACAGGUAGCUGCGCUGGAGCAGCUGCGGGACAAGCUGGAGUCCGGCGAGCCCCCGGAGAAGAAGAUUGCACUACCACUGGAGGACCACCAGCGGCUACUGCAGAGAGCCCUUCAGCACAACCUGCUGGCCAUGACGGCACAGAUCCCCAUGAACAUCCGCAUCAACAACCAAGAAAGCAGGCAGGACUCCGCCAUGAACCUGACCACCAAUGGCCUAAACAGCAUCAGCAUGUCGUUGGAGCUCAAUGGAGUGGUCUACACCGGUGUUCUCUUCGCCCAAUCAGCUGCGCCGACCUCAUCUAACAAAUCUUCUGCAGGCAACAGCGGGCCUCAAUCAGUUCACCACACACCUACCUCAUCCUCCUCCAACAACCAAUCGCCUUAGCACCUCAGACUCUUCCUCAGUCUAAAACCAAAGCCAAAAAACCUCAGUUAAUACAGAAGAUAUGCCAAAAAAAACAGUGCAGGAAUAACUGAAUCGUUCUCAACUUGAAGUACACUAGCUCAGGUCUUUUAUUUACACUCUCCUUUGUUCAGGAGUCAAAGAAAAUCUAAAAUAACAACAGAGUUUAUUAUAAAGAUAAUGAAAUAAUGUAUAUGCAAAACCUGUGAAUAAUUUAUUUCUCUUUCUGUGAGCACACUGUUUGGCGUUAACAAGGCAGUAGGAUUCUGCUUUUUAGGGUUUUAUAAUCUCUGACUGACACAAGCUUUUCGUCUAUAAGCAAAACCAUAACAAUAGUAUUAUUGUUAUAACGUGUGAUGCAAACGGCUUAAGGGUCUGAACUAAUAAUAUAUUGUAGAUUUUAUUUUCUCUGUGUAUGUAUCUGCAGUGCCUUGUGAAGGUUUUUCCUUAGCACAGUUUGAAAGCGCUGUUGACAGGCCAACGUCUUCAGCACGAACACAGUACAAAGUGCGUUAUUGUCGGAGGUUUAGCUGGGGUUUUUUUUUUUUGUUGUUUUUUUUUUUGAGUAUUGAGAAACCGUUUGGUUUCCUAACUCAGAGCUUAAUAUCAGUCAGUGAAGAUUCAGGAUAGUUUAGCCAAAAAUAAAAACACCCUCAAGUUGUUUCAGACCUGUAUGAGUUGCUGAACGGAAGAACAACAACAUCUUUUGUUUCCAGCAGAAGUGAGUAAAUGACAGAAUGCUGAUUUUUGGGUGAGCUGUCUCUUUAAGGAGCUGAUUCACACAUGCGUUCAUAGACAUCUUACAAGUCCAAACGUACCUGGACCUGCCGCGGCCCACAAACUUAUUUUGGGCAAUAGUUGCUCUAAAGUACAAGUGGAAAGAGUUCAGUGGUCAUAUUCAUGUAGAAUUUUGCAGAGCUUUCUCUCAGAUCAGCAAAAUAUUUACAGUUUGACUCCAAGCAUGACAGUGUAAUAGAUUCAUUUUAAGAUCCGAACAAACAAAUCAUCUUGUGUUUGAAUACUACACUAACUGGAGAUCUUUAGUUUGGCGUUUUAGCUUAAUUGAAUGCAGUUUUGAGGGGUCCAACGAUGCAGCCGUUUCUGGUUAUGUACAGCGCACAUCAGAGGAAAUUCUCAUUUCAAUGGCAUGUUUUAAAAGUGUCUUGAGAAAAAUGAAGGGAUUUGAAGGAUGUGGCUUCCUGUGUUUAACAGAUCAAACCUUCAAGGUUGUUUUAAAUCAUCUCAUCAACUCUUCCUGGUCAGUCUUUUAUCAACAUGUAGCUACAGUUUAUGAAUUAUGUCAAGCUCUUCUAGCAUUACACUGUAUGCAAGUGAGCAUCGAGAGGUGAAACGAUGAACUACUGUCUUUGUUCAUAAGAAGUCAAAUCAUUAUUUGGAGUUUGAUAGGCGAGAGAUGCUCCAGGCUUUAUGGAAAUGGGGUUUCCUUAAACUGAAAGCCUUAUUUUAAUCUUGCAGGUACAACUCGGGCAACUUAAAUGCCUCGAUCCCUCAUUUGGGAUCAAGCGUGCAUCCUUUGCUUUCGCAGCCGAGAUCCUUAACCGUCAAAAUGUUCACUCAAUGCAUAUAACUCACAAGAACCACAGUUGCUGUACAGAAAACAGUCUUCAGAAAAUGUUACCAUUUCUGUCUGUAUUGUACAAUAUUGUAGUUUUUUUUCCUGUUUAGAAAAGGACACCUCACACUUCAAAGUCAUUACUGCCAAAAUCUCUACCUCAGAAACUCAUUUAUCAGCUAAGAUCUGUUUGCAAGCUUUGCCAGUUCAUCAUUUUCACAUGGAUCUACCGGCUGUGAGGAACAACGGGGCAUUUUAUUCUGUGAAUUUGACUUCUUAAUGUAUUAGCCGUGAUAUCCAGCCCCUUUUUGCUUGAAACUGCAAAAACGGCACGUUUUUCUUCAAUGCACAGCUGUUCUCGUUUCAUCUGCAAGCCCGCCUUUUACAAUCAAAUCCUUCAACUUUUAAGUGACACGUUGAUGUAUAACAGUAGAUCUUUAUUGUAAUGACCUUUCCCUAGUGUGCUUUGUUUUGUUUUUCUAGGAAACGAUACUGUUACCACACAGAGUAAGACAGAUGCACGUAACACCCGUUUCAAGCUGUUGGUAUCCAGGUCUGUUUUUACUCUGCUGUAUGCCUUAACGUAUGCAAAUUUGAAUAUAGCAUGCUAAUGUAGUCAACUUUUAUUGCAAGGACAACCAAAUUGCUGUACAAUAAACCUUCGCUAUUAUUGCA